CGCGGAGAGGGUGGGGCUUCGCCUCCCCCGUCAGGGAGGAGGAGGGAGGGAGGAGGGGACAAGAUGGCGGAGGCUUCGCCGCAGCCGGGACGCUACUUCUGUCACUGCUGCUCGGCCGAGAUCGCCCCGCGCUUGCCGGACUACAUCUGCCCAAGGUGUGAAUCUGGAUUUAUUGAAGAGUUGCCAGAAGAACCUAGGAACGUCGAAAAUGGAUCCAACUCUUCGGCAUCGACCAGCGAGCAGAGCAGGCACGCGUUUGAGAACGCCGACCAACACUUAUUCACCCUGCCCCAGGGCUACGGGCAGUUCGCCUUUGGGAUCAUCGACGACACCUUCGAGUUCCCGGCCUUCGGGUCCAACGCUCAGCCCGAGGACAACCGGGAAGCCGAGAACCGGCGCGAGAGGGAGAACCAGUCCCGGCACAGAUACGGCACCAGGCAGCCCCGGGCGCGAUUCACGGCCCGGAGGGCCGCCGGCAGACACGAAGGAGUCCCCACGCUGGAAGGAAUCAUCCAGCAGCUGGUCAACGGCAUCAUCGCCCCCACCACGAUACCGAACCUCGGAGUGGGGCCUUGGGGAGUCUUGCAUUCGAAUCCGAUGGACUAUGCAUGGGGAGCCAACGGAUUGGACGCCAUUAUCACCCAGCUUCUGAAUCAGUUUGAGAACACAGGGCCUCCUCCGGCAGACAAGGAGAAAAUCCAGGCGCUCCCCACGAUCCACAUAACAGAGGAACACGUUGGUUCUGCUCUGGAGUGCCCCGUCUGUAAGGAAGAUUACGAAGCCGGCGAAAGCGUGCGGCAGCUGCCCUGUAACCACUUGUUCCACGACGGCUGCAUAGUUCCAUGGCUGGAACAGCACGACACCUGCCCCGUGUGCCGGAAGAGCCUCAGCGGACAGAACACAGCCACGAACCCCCCGGGACUCUCGGCGAUGAACUUCGCCUCCUCGUCUUCCUCCUCCUCCUCCUCCUCCUCUAGCUCGCCGAGUAACGAGAACGCGGCGAACAACUCGUGAGAACAGAACGGCGGGGCGGGAGUUUGGGCGGGGGUGGGGUUGGAAGACGGAAAAACAAAAACAAAACACACCUUUCGAACGCAAGCAAAAAAAGAAACAAAAAUGUCGCUGCUCUCGCGCCCUUUUCUGAUGUCGCCUGGCCCCCUUCCUCUCCCCACCUGGCGAAACAGGGGGGCGGGCGGGUGUCUGUGGAGGGGUGGGGAUGGGAGAGGAAAUGCCCCUCCCAGCCCUGGGACAGAGCAAAGGGGGCAGGGUUGCAGGGCAGGGGAGGCAGAACGGGACACCCCCCCCCCAAACACGUUUUCCCCGUGAGCCGCAAUGAAACCGAGGUCCUCUUCUCUUCUUCACACACACAAACGCACCCUGUCUCUUCGCCCCCGCAAGGGUGUUUUUGGGUGCUCUCACAUUUUGUUUUCUCGAGGGUGGGUGUGGGGGUUCGAGGGAAGCCCACCCUUUUUUAAAAACGCGGACUCUCUGAGGAAAAACCCGGCAAAGGAACAUGAAAGCACUGAAGUGAGAGUUUUUGGGGUUUUCUCUCUCUUUUUUUUUUUGAGCGGGGCGUUCGGAAAUCGUUUCUGUUGGUAGGUUGUUUUUUUUUUAAAAAAAAGCAUUUUGACCAUCUUUUUUUUGGGGGGGGGGUCUCUUUUCAGUUCUUUAAGCCUUUUGAUGUUCCCUCUUCCCUCCUGUCCCAACCGCGCCCCCCACCCCAAUGGAUUUUUCUACUUUCUACUUUCUGGAGAAAGCCAGCCAGCUAAGGAAGCGUUCUUUUGGGGGGGCAGGUUGUGUGCGGAGAACGUACCCUAACGACCGGACCCACAUUUUCAGACUCGUUAGUUUCCUCUCCCCCCUCCCUCCCCUGUUUUAACAUCACCCUUUUUUUCUUUUUUUUUUCUUUUUUUGGGCAGUCCGGCAUUGAGAAAGGGGUUUUUAUAAUGUUAAAUUAUUACUGCUGUUGAAAUAAACGGACAUUUCAGCUCGGAUUCUGUACA